AUGCCAAAACCCAAGAUAACUCAGGAGGACAAUACCCUGGAGAGAAAGUUCAAUGCUGAGAGAGAUGAGCUACUGAGACGUAUUUGGGAACUAGAAUCCCACGACAUGAAAAGCAUUAAGAAUCAUGCAGUGAAUGUGAUCCUGGAUCCUGACACAGCACAUCCCAAUCUCAUCCUGUCUGCUGAUGGGAAACAAGUGAAGACUGGAGACACACGACAGAAUCUCCCAGACACUCCAAAGAGGUCUAAUCAGGUUGUAAAUGUGUUGGGAAGAAAGGGGUUCUCCUCUGGCAAAUUCUAUUUUGAGGUCCUGGUCAAGGGGAAGACUCGGUGGACUAUAGGAGUGGCAAAGGAGUCCAUUAACAGGAAGGGUGUGAUAUACCUGAGUCCUGAAGAUGGAUUCUGGACAAUAUUGAUGAAAAAUGGGACUUAUGUAGCUCCAAUUGGAUACGCACUUCCCCUCUCCCUGAAGUGGAAGCUCCAAAGGGUGGGGGUGUUUGUGGACUAUGAUGCAGGUCUGGUCUCCUUUUAUGAUGCAGAUUGCUGGAAUCAUAUCUACUCAUUUACCAAUGCCUCCUUCACUGAGAAAAUCUAUCCAUACUUCAACCCCGGUGUCAGUUAUGGAGGUCAAAAUUCAGCUCCUCUUGUAAUCUUGCCAGUCUAUCCUAUCGACUAG